CGACAGGGCACAGAGAGGGGAGACCUAUUUACAACCAUCCCGCCUCGUUCAGUCACGCAGACGUGCUCUCGCUGCUGUUUUUCACUUUCCUUCUUCCUCUCUCUCACUCCCUCUCUCUUUCUUCCCACUCUCACUCCCUCGUUCUUUCAGACACACACACACGCACACACGCACAGACAUCCACACACAAUCCACUCAGCUCGCGCACAGACGCGGGCCAGGCGGCCGCACCUGAGAGCCUCCCGCAAGGUGCAGCCCUCGCGCAGGACACUUGCGCUGCAGCAGAGACAAGUUCUGCCUGAGCGACCCGAGGAGAGCCGGAACCUUCCGUGGAGAUGGAAUUACGGAGCACCGCAUCGCCCCUGUGACGAGUGGCACCGGCCGCAGCAAAGUGGAGAAGGACACACAGGCGCCCAGAGCCUGGAAUCCGCCUCGCGCCCGUGAGCAGUGACUGGCAUCGUUCUGGGGUGGGAGUUUUGUGUGGUCUCCCUGCUGUUCCUGGAUGGUCCCCACUGAAGGCAGCCGCUGUGCGUCUGGGCUGCAGGUACUGGGCUGGCCGACGGGGAGCCCCAUCAUGCAGACCGCCUGCUGUGCCGCGUGCACCUCGGGAGUCUGACCCACCAUGUGCGGAUGGAUGGCAGCGGACGCUGGUCUGCGCUCCAACCUUACCUCUGCCGGCACGGCCCAUCUCGGGCGGCCCCUCCGGCGCCGCCCCCCUGCCCUCUGCCUGGCGUGCCUAUCCUUGCUUCUCCUGGCCGGUGCCGCCCUCGGGGGUUGCCCGGCCGGGCCGGGCCAUGACCCCCUCCGUGCGCUGGCGCGGAGCACAAACUGCUCGUGGACUCUGGAGCGCCACGCGCGCAGCUACAACCACCUAGAGGGCGACGUGCGGUUGCGACGCCUCUACUCCGCUAACAAAUUCUUCCUCUGCAUCGACAAGACAGGCAAGGUGGAUGGCACCCGGAGAAAAAACUACCCUGACAGUCUGAUGGAAAUCCGAUCUGUCAGUGUGGGAGUUGUCGCCAUCAAAUCUGUCAGCACCGGCCUGUACUUGGCCAUGUCCAAAAAAGGCACACUGUUUGGAUCGGUAAGAUAUAACCCAAGCUGCAAGUUCAAAGAGCGGAUCGAGGAGAACGGCUAUAACACGUACGCGUCCCUGCGCUGGAGACACAACGGGCGGCAGAUGUUUGUGUCUCUGAACGGCCGGGGGAAGCCCAGGAGGGGCCAUAAGGCCCGACGGAGGCACCCCUCCACCCAUUUCCUCCCAAUGCUCCCCACAUAACCAUAGCCUCUCCUCUGCCUUAACACUAGUGUCUGGAAGAUUAUUAUAGCGGCUCCUCUCACCAUUACUGCUGUAUAUGUACAUUCGUUGGGGAUUUUUUAAAAUGUCAUUAUUGUUUUCUUCUGAGAUUGUCAUAUAGUAUCUUAACUUAUUCCUCCUUCCUGCUUAGGUUAAAGCUUAAUGAAGCUUCUUCAAGGCUUCUAAUAUAGUUCAUAAGCAAUUGUAUGCUCACCACUAGCUUUAUUGGAAAUGGCCUAACCAUUUGUGUUAGCAGACCUCCAGAUUUUCACUAACAGUCUGAAGGAGCGGCAAUUGGCUAGACAUUUUUGGAUGCAAAAUAAUUUUCAACCAGGUCUGAAUGACUAAUCAAUUUUUUAUUGAAAUCGUGGUUGUGAGUUCAUAUCAAAAUUGUGAUCCAGAAGAAGGCAGUUUUUUUUAAAAUAACAAAAGAUGCAAUUUAAUUACUUGUUAUUAUUAGCUUUAUCAAUAUUCUUUUCAUGUAGGAACAAGAUAUGUCUGUAAUUAUGUUUUGUACAUGUCUGAUACUCUGUAGACCAUGAAUACACAUUCUCAACAUAUAGAGCAUAGUCACAACAUAUCCAGCACAGUCGCAAUUGCUGCACUGCUCAGAAAAAUCUUUUGUCUCGGUCCCCCCCCCCUUCAAAUUGCACGGCGCAGCUCUGACACUGAUACAUGUAUAAACUCCGUGACACUGCCUGAUUCGGCCUGAUACUCAGAUCAGCACAACAACCACUUCCAUGCCAUUACUACAUCACUGUCACUACUGCAUUGAGAACGCCCUGCCACUCAAAUAAUAUCCGCUCAACGUCCCACAGUCAAGAAACAGCUUGUGAUGAAGAUUUCCAGGGGCAAUAUGUGGGGUACAGUUUAUAAUUACACACCUAUAAAAUGUACCUAUUAGACAGGUGCCCCUACUGAAGUGGCCAGUGAGUGUAGGUGCAAGGUAGGUUUAUUUUAAAUAAAGCAGUGGUGAGUGUAUACCAUAUUUAUGUUAUUGCUGAAAAGAAACUAAGCAUUUGCAAUGUCUCUUUUAACCCACUGUUGUAAUAUACACUGUGUUUUUACAUAACUGUAGUAGACAGUCAGGAUUUCUGAAGACAGGCUCGACCAGAAUGCAUACCAGCCUCAGCUAGUUUUUUUAGUUACAGACUUUUCUGACAUAAUAGGGAAAAAUCAAAUAACAUAAUUGUUUUGUUUUGUACCAUUUGUGCCUUCAGUUUUGAGAAAAACAAGUUUUUACCCAAGUUGUCUUUUUCGGAUCUGUGAACACAACUGGAAAUGUUUUGAACGUUUUGAUGCUACUACCUAUGGUAACUAAGAGAUCAGGACUUGGCUGUAACAUGCAUACAUUUACAGUGUAUACCCACUCUACAGUGUACAUACAGAGGCCUUGCUGGAAGCAGAGUGGUCAGGUCAACCUGACCACAGGACAUUCCCAUGAACAUGUGUACGUGUGUGACCACACCACACAUCAUCCAACAGGACUGCAUUUUACAGCUUGUAUCCUAUAAUGUUUUGUAUUAUGUGUUUCUAUUAAGUCACACUAACAUUUUUCCACUCAACCUUUUGCAAAUAGAACAUUUAAUAUA